CCCUGCAAAAUAAAAAAAUUCUGUAAUGAAAAGUGUGAAGGAAAGACAAUUGCUUAUUUCAGUUGAGCAGAUAGUCUUAUCAAACAAAUGAAGACAACGAACACAUAAUCGAGAGUGUGAUGGGAGAGGGAAGACAAAUUGUUUUUAAUGAUUCAUGGCAACCACAUUUAUAUCCUAUUGUUACUAGAGAAAAAAUGUCUUCAGAUAACCAGUGGUCAGCAGAUGAGGAUGAAAGCCAAUUAUCCCGACUAAUCAGGAAAUCUAGAGACUCCCCCUUUGUCCCUAUAGGUAUAGCAGGCUUUGUGACUGUGGUGUCCUAUGGUCUUUACAAAUUAAAGUAUAGAAGAGAUCAGAAAAUGUCACUUCAUCUUAUUCACAUGAGAGUUGCUGCCCAAGGAUUUGUUGUCGGAGCUGUGACUCUAGGUGUUCUUUACUCUAUGUAUAAGGAUCACAUUAGACCUAGAUUCUUCAGUGAGUCCAAAAAAUGAAGCUACGCGCUGGAAGCAAGAAAGACAAAGCUUCUGAAAACAAUUUAUUAUGAAGAGUAAAUUUUCAAUAUGUAGCAAAUUUUACUACAGAAGUAUCACAGAAUGCUCACGUACUUCAAGUCUUAAUGUUUGAAGUUGAUUUCCAGAUCAACAAUCAUAAACAGUCAACUCAGAAAUAUCUCUUGUUGAUGUCUUUCAGAACCUAGAGCAUUAUUUUCUGACUUAAUUUUUU